CUUCGCCCUUCUACAGCAGUCACUGUUUUCCUUUUAAAAAAGUGUUCCUUUUUAUACACUCACCUCACUCACCAUCACAACUGCACUAUACAAUGGCGACUCCAACACAAGACUGGACAAACGAGCAACUUCUCUCAGAUGCUGUCAGCAAGAAGGACAUUGUCACCUUUCUCCACCUCAACGCUAGUCAUGAUUUUUUAGUAGAAUACAAACUCACUGGAAAGUUGACUACUGUUGUCAAAAAUGCUAAGAAGGAUUCUCUUGUUGAUGCCUACAAUUCUCUGUUUACUCGCCAGGCCUUCCGUGGGGCGGACGAACCAUCGGAGGAAGAAAUUAUGGCAGCCAAGAACGCUGCUCCCGUUGUAGAGAAGAAAGAGGAAGUGACUACAGAAGUCGCACCACCAAAAUUUACCAAGGUAGUUCUUAAGAAAGGCGAUAAGCAAGGAUAUCCAAGGAAAGGCAGCCAAGUUGCUGUUUUCUAUACUGGGUACUUUGACGAUGGCACCGUCUUUGACAGCAAUGAUAACGCCAGGAAGAAAAAUCCUCUGCGCUUCAAGGUUGGAGUUGGUCAUGUCAUUGCUGGUUGGGACGAAGCCAUGUUAUCCAUGUCUCGUGGUGAAAAGGCAAAAAUUACGAUCGAACCUGAGCAUGCCUAUGGCAGGAAAGGUGUCCCUGAUGCCAAAGUCCCAAUCCCUCCAAAUUCACGUCUCACUUUUGAUGUUGAGUUGGUUUCUUUUGACUAGUGGUGUAAAGUAUCGUCAAAGAUAAAGUGUAGAUAAUAAAAUAGAGUAUGUAA